UUCCGGUUUCACGAUUUAUACAUGUACAUGCAGAUGCAAGACAUUGCAUAGACUACUGUACAUGUAGCUAUCAAACUAAACUAAGAGAUUGUAUUCUCUAUAAUUAGGACUACCAUUAUUCUACCUACACGAAUACCGAAGACAAUUUUAGAACAAUGCGCCUCCGCGUUUUCCCACUUGUAAUUUGUAAUAUAUCUACGAUUCCGAGAUGGCGGAAACGAAGAAUCAUGUAUCACGGUUGACAACACCUACGGAGAUACUUAGGUACCUAGGGUACUUACAUACAUGUUCUUGGCAUCCAAUACAGUACGCAGUCUCCGUGUAGCCAUUGGCCAAUUAACAUCAACCUCCUUCCCUAAACGCCCCUCAACGCGUCGCCGCACCCGCCGCGUCCCACUGCUACGUACGGCGGCACAUGUAUAUCCCACUUUCCGCUGCAGUGUAAAUAUUUCUUCACCGCAACUGCUACAACCCGAAUCCCACAAACCCAAUUGCCAAACUACAUGUACUUACCUUAGGUACAUAUCUAAUUGCCUACACAGUUCAAACAAACAUUGUAUAGACUUCUCCUAAAAAAUCAUCUACCUUAUUAAAGUCCCAAGACUAUGACCGCUACUACAUCCGUAACAUCACCACCAACCUCACCGCCCGCGAAAAGAGUCAAGACCACUCCUACUCCUACUCCCACAGCUACAACCACAGCUACAACCACCACCAACAACAACACCACCACCGCCACCACCGCCACCACCGCCACCGAAACAAUGUCUCCCUCCUCCUCCACCACCACCACCAACCCCCCCGUCCCCAACCUCGACCAAUCCCCCCCCCUCCUAAUCAAAAAACUCUCCCCGGCCGCCAAGCUGCCCACGCGCGGGAGCCCCUUCUCCGCGGGCUAUGACCUGUACGCCGCACACCCCACCACCAUCCCCUCGCGCGGCAAAGCCCUCGUCGACACCGACAUCGCCAUCGCCGUCCCCGCCGGCACCUACGGCCGCAUCGCCCCGCGCUCCGGCCUGGCAGCCAAGCACUUCAUCGACACGGGCGCCGGCGUCAUCGACGCCGACUACCGCGGCCAGGUCAAGGUCCUGCUGUUCAACCACUCGGACGCCGACUUCGCCGUCGCCGAGGGCGACCGCGUCGCCCAGCUCGUCGUCGAGCGCAUUUACACCCCCGAGGUGCUCGAGGUGCAGGAGCUGGAGGAGAGCGUGCGUGGGGCCGGCGGGUUUGGGAGCACGGGGACGAAUUAGGGAUUAGGGAGAUUGUUUUGGGUUGGGCAUGUGAAGCCUAUGCUGGGGUGUGUGUCUGGUACAUAUGGUAUACGAUGGGUAUACGAAGACUUAGAUGGCACUGGGAGACGGCCACUGGCAGUUUGGUCAGGCUCGCCGGUCAAUUGACCGACUAGCUGAUCAAGUAGAUGGGGCAUAAGUAAAUAGAUAGACUCUUUCGAGGGGAAGAAAAGUCUAGCUCAUCCAUGUAUAGAGGAUGAGAUACGAAGGAAAUGAACAAUAAGCAUUCUAAGAACCACCCCUUCAACCCAGAUACAGCAUCACCAUA